AUGGAACCUGAAGUAAACAAUAAACUGGAACCUGGAGUAAACAGUAAACUAGAACCUGGAGUAAACAGUAAAUUGGAACCCGGAGUAACCCGUAAACUGGAAUCCGGAGUAAACAGUAAACUAAAACCUGGAGUAAACGGUAAAUUGGAACCCGGCGUAAACAAUAAACUUAAACCCAGAUUAAACAGUAAACUGGAACCUGGAGUAAACAAUAAACUGGAAUCCGGAGUAAUCAGUAAACUGGAACGAGAAGUAAACUGUAAACUGAAACCCGGAGUAAUCAGUGAACUGGAACCCGGAGUAAACACUAAACUGGAAUCCGGAGCAAUCAGAAAACUGGAACAUGGAGUACACAGUAAACUGGAACCCGGAGUAAAGAUUAAACUGGAAUGUGGAGUCAACAGUAAACUGGAACCCGGAGUAAACAGUAAACUGGAACCCGUAGUAAAAAGUAAACUCGAACCAGGAGUAAACAGUAAACUGGAACCCGUAGUAAAUAGUAAACUGGAACCAGGAGUAAACUGCAAACUGGAAUCCGGAGUAAUCAGAAAACUGGAACCCGGAGUAAACAGUAAACUGGAACCCGAAGUAAAUAGUAAACUGGAACCAGGAGUGAACUGCAAACUGGAACCCGGGGUAAUCAGUAAACUGGAACCCGGAGUAAAUAGUAAACUGGAACCAGGAUUAAACUACAAACUGGAACCCGGAGUAAUCAGUAAACUGGAACCAAGAGUAAACAAUAAACUGGAACCCGGAGUAAGCAGUAAACUGGAACCCGGAGUAAGCAGUAAACUGGAACCCGGAGUAAAUAGUAAACUGGAACCAGGAGUAAACUACAAUCUGGAACCCGGAGUAAUCAGUAAACUGGAACCCAGAGUAAACAAUAAGCUGGAACCCGGAGUAAGCAGUAAACUGGAACCCGGAGUAAGCAGUAAACUGGAACCCGGAGUAAGCAGUAAACUGGAACCCGGUGGAAGCAAUAAACAAUAA